AUGUGGGUGUCCGCGUGUCCGAAGAACGCCGGGCAGAACGGGGAAGCGACCCUACUUAAGGGACGGGCCUGGUGGGUCCAAAGGCUCAAAGACUCCUCCGAAGGAUUCGCCACUCUGCCUCCAAACCCUAGUCAGUACUGCUGCUCUGCCGCUGCUUGUUGUUGCUCUGCCCUCAAGUGCCUCCCUCAUGUAGUGCUUGCGUUGCGUUCCGUUGCCCCGUGGACUCCCGACUCCUCCUUUCUACAGAAAAUAGACUUCGCGAUGUAUAAAAGUCAAUUACAGGAGUAUGCCCAAAAGCAAGGCCUCAUGUCUCCCUCGUAUGAGUACGUGAAGGAGGGAGCGUCUCAUGAACCUCGGUUCAAAUCAACCGUAUGGGUGAACGGUCGUGGCUAUGAGUCUGCACCCGGUUAUCCAACUCUUAGAUCAGCGGAACAUGCUGCUGCGAAGGCUGCCCUAGAUUUUCUUCAAAAAACUCAGUUUAAGGUUGUUCCAGUGCAUGAGUCAGGUCUCUGCAAGAAUCUAUUACAAGAAUUCGCCCAGAAGCAUGGGUAUCCGCUACCUCAGUACAAAAGUGUUCGGCAAGGAGAGGAGCACUCACUCGUAUUCUCAUCAACUGUCGAAAUUGCUGGUGUGAGCUACAGUGGUGGUUGUGCCAAAAGCAAGAAAGAAGCAGAAAUAAAAGCUGCUCGCACUGCUCUUCUUGCCAUUCAGGCCACACAACCAGCUGAGCCUCAUAUUGCUGUAUCUCCAGUGGAUCAACCUGGUCUUGUUGCAAAUUUUGUCAAAGCUCAACAAAAGCGUAAGAGAAAAGGUAGGCUACAUCCUGUGGUAGUUGAGGAGCCCCUUGCCACGAGAGUGAAGCAGUGCGUAGGGCAAAUUCCUGAACCAGUACAAUUGAAUCAAGUGCACCAGGUACCGUACAUGCAUCAGAUACCACAAGUGCACCAGAUGUCCCAAGGUCCCCAAGUUCCUCAAAUUCCCCAGUACCACCAUGUAAUACCAGUGAAUCAGGUAGGACAACAGUAUUCAGUUAAUCCUGGUACGUUCCCUGCACAGAACGUUUCACCAAAUGAUGUGAAAAAAGAGCCUAUGUCGAACGUCGGGGCACAUGAUAAUCUAGUGACCCAGCUCGACAUCGGAAAAAAGUCAGUAGCUUCGCAUAAACCUGUAGCAGGGACGGAAUCAAAACUGGUUGCUAAGGUUGUCGAUGUGAAGGAGGCAGCUGUAUCCGACGUACAGCGGGCUGCAGUUGAAGUUGAACCUACCGCAGUGCAUCAGAUUUCUAUCACAACUGAUGUGAUUAAGGAAUCACGAAAUGUCAAAAUCUCUAAUGUGAAAGCCAAUGCUGUGUUAGAGACCUUGACAACCGGUUCAAAGAGAAAUUCUCCACUGAUAGAACCACGUGUGAACGAAGAAUCUUCACCUUCACAGAAAUUAGUUCCCACUGCUCUAAAAUCGCCAGCUGCAUCACAGCGAGCCGUUGGGCGGAAUUUCAUGGAUGUCCAACUUCCGAUCAAAAGAAGACACAAAGACCAUUGAAGGCAGGACUAAAAACUGUCUGUUGAAGCUGCGUAUAGUUUGCAACAUAGGUUGGACCAUAUUCUUCUGACGGAGAUACAACUGCGUGGAAUUUUUCAUCAAACAAGAAUUUGUGAACUUUAAUACGCUUUGGAUGAUAUUAAUAUCUGAUGAGCUCUAAUUCACUGUGUUGGUCCUUGACUAAGACAGUUUAUUGUAUCAACCAUGUCCUUCAGGAGCGGGACAGUCGUCAUGUAACAGCUUUUAAACAAACACAGCGCACAUUUUAAGUCUGCAACGCGGCGACAGGAUUUUAUGAGUGAUGUAGCAAGCAGAUAUAUCCAUGGUUGCAGAUUCUGCGCCGUGCACUAGAACUUGAUCUUUAAGUAGAUAACGCUUUAAGGUGGCUGCGAAUGGUUGUUAUGUAUAAUGUGCAGAAGAAUGCAGUUUAGUCCUUAGUCUUGGUGAUCUACCUUGUGUUGCCCGUCAAGUGCUUGAAACAAGCUGCUGACUGUCGGGACAAUUUUGACAAUGGCUGAUUUGUUUAAAUCGUUACGACUCCCACUCUUGCUGAUGCAUAUCAAAGUAUUAUUUAAUCCUGAGGAGUACUGUAAUCCUGAA